AUGAAGCACUUCGUGGAGACCCCGGCGACAUGGAACGUCAAACGCUGGGAGGGGGCCUAUAACCCCAAGGCCCUGAAGCGCACCAACGGCACCAUGAGCACUCGCACGACGCUGGUGACCACUGUGGACACAGAGAUCCAGCCCGGCGAUGUCAACUGCCGCUACUCCGCCACCACGAGCGCCACCGUCAACUACUACACGUGUACGCAGAUGGCGACCAAGUAUGGCAUCACCGUCGACGACUUCUUCACGCUGAACCCCACGCUUGAGCUGGACUGCAGCAACAUUCAGCUCAAGACCGAGUACUGCGUUGAUGGCUUCAUCGAGCCCGUGAGAGCCACGGACCAGCUCUGCGCCCCCCCGAACGUCAACGCUACGUGUCUCGGCACGGGCGACGACUUCUGCGGCACCUCCGUGUGCUUCUCCGGCAACUGCACCAUUCCCAACACCGAACCGACGCCGCCUGACUGGAUGAGCGGGAACACGCCCGACGGCACGUGCGGCGGCGAGAACGGCUACACCUGCAACGUCGUGUACGGCAUGUGUUGUAACAAGGAUGGCAUCUGCGGUGUCCUGGCGUCGGAUUGUGGUGCUGGAUGCCAGCCUGAGUUCGGCGAUUGCAGCUCCAUUAGCACGACGUCUGCCUCCUCGACCACAUCCAAAUCGUCUUCCUCCACCUCACACAUCACGGCCAGCCCCACAUCCAAAACAACCACCACAUCUACCACCUCAACCAUCGCAUUCAGCUCCCUGCCCUCAUGCGGCCAGACCUGCUUCAACAACAUGGUCGCCAUGUACUCGUCGCUUGGGUGCGCGAGCCCAGACCCCUACUGCCUGUGCAGCAACGUCAACUUCGGCUACGGGCUCAGGCACUGCUCCAAUGGCGCGUGCGGGACGGACGUCACCAGCACGGUCAUCGCGUAUGGGAGCGCGUACUGCGCUUCGGCGAGUGCGACGGCCACUGCGAAGGCGCAGAUGGGGUGGUUUGAUUGUUGA